AUGAGUACAAACAAUUCAAUAAAUUUAUCUGAAAGAUGUCUUGUUUGUGAUGAUAAAAAUUGUAGAAUAAAUUAUGGUGUUCGUUGUUGUGAUUCAUGUAAAAUAUUCUUUCGUCGAAAUAUUCAUAUUGAUUUAAAUACAAAUCAAUGUAAAUUUCAAGGUAAAUGUUCUAUAACAAAAAUUAAUCGACAUCAAUGUCGUUAUUGUCGAUUAAAAAAAUGUUUAUUUAUUGGUAUGAAUAAAAAUUUCUUACGUUCUCAACAUAAAAAUCAACAAAAACUUUCUUCGAAAAUAUUUAAUGAUCGAUCAUUAUUAACUAUUGAACAAUGGUCUAUGAUAAUAAAUAUUAUUAAUAAUUAUAAUAAUAAAAAUCCAAUAAAAUAUAUUCAUAAUAUCAUAUCGAACCAAUUAAAUUAUCAACCAAAAAUACGUUUUAAAAUAGCAAAUAAAAAUUUAAUGAAUAUUAUUCAAUCCAUGUAUGUUUUUAUUGAAUCAUUUAUUAAAAUCAUACCUGAAUUUGUUAAUAUGAAUAUAAAUAAUCAAAUUAUUUUAAUAAGAAGAAAUUUAAGAAAUCUUGGAGGAUUUAAUUCUAUAUUUAUAAUGUAUGAAACAAACAUUUUCAAUGAUAUUACUUAUUCAAAUUGUCUAUUAUCUACAUAUGGAUCAUGGUUAUGUAAUCAAAUCAAUAAAAUUAUUCAACGUAUUGAUAAUGAUGGAAAUUUAAUUAAAUUAUUACUUGUUAUAUUAACAUUUUCGACAUGUUCGGAUAUUGUUUCGUUUGAAGAUAAUCAAAAUCUAUAUAACAAUUCAACGGCGAGAAAUCAUAUUUUAAUAAAUACUAAACAUAUAUUUAAAAUACAAAAUAUUUAUACAGAAAUUAUGUUUAAAUAUAUGUUAUAUCAAUAUGGUUAUGAUCAAGCAACAUUACGUUUCGCUUCUCUUAUACAAAAUUUUCUUUAUCAAAGUAUUUUAACGGCAAAUACAACUAAAAUCUCAAAACAUGAAUCAAUGAUACAAACAAUUAUUAAUAAAACUGAACGAUUAUUGGCUUUGGAAGAUUAA